GUAGGUUUGUUCCUUUAUUUAACACUCCCUUCUAAUGUUGACAUGCUGCAGGCCUAAGGUACCGGAUUAAGCGAUCCUGCCCCAAGACAUCCUAUUCCAAGUCGACCCGGCCCAAGUCGUUUGCAGCAGCAGUCUGAGCUAAGUGAUUCGAGCUUUCCUAAGCUUAAACUACAUUGAUUAACCGAAUACUAGAAGGCGGCGGCACCUUCUGCCCGUCCCCAACCUCGCAUAUCAGGACCAGUCAUCUGCAGUAAGUUUGUCAACACCCUUGCAUCUUUGGUGGCACGUUCCAACACCAGGCCAAGUAACCAGCUUCAUAUCUUCCUCCACACGUGCGACCAAAGCCCCAGAGCUCCGAGGCCACCGGAGACAGGUCCGUCCUGUCUCUGAGGCCUACACCAGCGCCGGCGGAACAAGUUCAUGAAGAGCUCGUCGAGUAGCCAUUUGCCUGGGUUUAAAGAAGUAGAAAGGUCCAUGCAUGCCAAGAAGGAAUGAUGACGUGGCAAUUUUGGAAUAGAUGGCUAUUGGUUGGGAAUGCCAUUCAGUGUCCUCAAACAAGUGAUGCAGGAGGACGGGCAAAUGGGCCUUUGGUACGGGGAAUGGCUGACACAGGCGAGGAUGGAGGGCAGGAACGCCUCGGAGUUUAUGGGUCCGCUCGAUGGUGUUUACGACUACCUAGGCGGCGAGGAGGGUUCGGAAGACGAGUAUUGCUGGUAUGGAUUGAUUUGAUUUUACAGACGACCAGUGUCUGCGCAUAAAAGAAGAACCAGACGAACUCCAAAAUCAUCAUUCACGUGGAGGAAAGUGCAAAAGCGUGUGGGAGUAGACGAAGGACCAAAAGAAAAGGCAAAACAAUAGUUGAUGUGCGCCGAGGGGGAAUCGAACCCC